AUAUAUUAUUUGUUUUAGCACGGCGGCCAUUCCCCUCUUUGAGCAACAUGUCGCUCAUGUGAGAAAAAGGGCGACAAAAUCAAUCAUACAAAUAAAAAACACAAAAAGAAGGGAAAAGGAGAGGAGGGAAAAACCCGUUGUCUUCAGGCUCAGGUGCAGUUCCCCUGUAGACACACGCGGGGGCGCUGUUCUGUCUGGUUGAUGGAGCAUUGAGCGACGAGAAGAAGACUGACGUACCGACUUCAAAAAAAAGGCGCGGGCGCGGAUCAGAUCAGAGACGGGUGACUAGUUGUCGAUGCAAUGGCACUGACGGAAGAACUUUUAAAACAUAUUAAGGCGUUCAAAUACACAUAAGGGCAGAAGGAAAAUUGUGAAACGGAUGCAGAAACGUGGUAUCCUGACGACGACGAUGUGCGCAAAAUGCAACCGUAGCAUGUCUGGUGAAAUGCCAAGGAUGGGCUGUGGUGGCUCUGUAAGCAUCAUAAAAGUUUCCCAAAGUCUGUAAGUAAUGGCUCAAUAUUCACCAAGUCUCACAUCGCUCUGAGAAAAUGGCUUGAGUUCAUGCACAGGAAUUCCGUUCCACCAGCCCCUCAAAUUUUAUUUGCAUUGUGGGUGAAGCCUCUUUGCCCUCAGCCGCUGGGUUGAACGGACCUGAUGACUGACUGGUGAAGGUUCCUGGGAUCCCCCGUGGUGAAGUGACAGUGUUCACACCUCCACAACUCAAUCCUCUCUGCUUCUGAGAGCUCAAGUGUCCUUUUGUUGGGUAUCAUUUAAUUGGGUUCUCUUAGUCUCCCUCUGCCAUCAGGUUGGCGUGUGAUUUUGAAUAAAUUGUCUAAAUCUAUUGGAUAGAUAGCCAUGAAAAUCUGGUGCACCUCAGGAUAACAUUUUAUUCAUUCAUUUAAUGUGGUGACAUCGUCUGGUGGACAUUUCGUUUUCUUCAUUUGCCCAAAUACCUCCAAAACUAAUUACAUUCAUAUUCACCUGCGCUUCUGAUAUGUGUUGUUUUUAUUGCCAAUAAGGAACUGAUAACAUGCUAAUGAGAUGGGGAAUAUUUCAAAGGUUUUAUAUGUUAAACACCAACAUGAUUUAAUUUUAAGUAACUUAGCAUGCUGACAUUAGCAUUUAGUUAAAAAACCUAGCAUUUAAAUGUUUUCACUGAAUAAACUUUAAAACACCAACUACUCGUGUUUGUUGUUUGAAAUGUCAUCAUUAGUUUUCAUUUACAAAGAAUAAAUGUUUUCCUCUCUGGUACAUUCAGUGAUGAGGAGACGAGUACAGAAGCUGAUAAACACAAACAAGAAAAAUAUAGAAAUAGUCAUAAUCUACCAUCUCAAAGUGUCAAUGAGUCAUCACUUCAAAAACCUUUCUGAGAACACAACUUACAGGAGUUGCACACUGAACUAUUAAACCAUUAAAACCACACUGUAUGCUUUGGAUAAAAGCAUCAGCUAAAUGAAAAUGUUAAACUAAGUUAAAUAAUAUACUGAAUAUUUAAAUGUCACUUCAAAUGUUUAUACAAUCUAAUUCAUAGAUGCAGAAAGCGGGAUGAGCAGCGGCAUCAUCUUGCCAAGGUUGUGUUGACCCCACAAGAAGCCAAUGCCAUAUUCAUUGAGUUUCAUGACAGUGACAUUGGAGCGCACUGGGAGGUCGACAAGACCAUGGAUGCAAUUCUGCAACGGUUCUACUGGCCUGGCAUGAAGGCCCACAUCGAGAAAUGGAUUGGCCAGUGUGAUGCCUGCCAAAAGAAGAGGACCUCUAUAAAGGAGAACAUGCUAUACAAACCCAUAGAGGUGACUCAAGCAUUUGAAUUGGUUGGGAUGGACUUGGUCGUAAGCUAAAAUGCACCAAGAAUGGGUGUCAAUGCAUUUGUGUGAUGGUGGACUAUUUCACCAAGUGGCUUGAGGUGUACCCACUGAAAACCAAAGGAGCGGAAGAAAUCUCCAUGUGUGUAAUGGAUUUCUUUUAUAAAUAUGGCGCCCCAAAGCGUAUCCUCACCGACCGUGGAAAGGAAUUCGUGAACAAAGUAAGUUUAAUUUUGACGCAAGUAAUAUUACUGUAUUCGUGGUCCCAUUACCAAUGGAAGAAGCAUCAUGGUAUUCAUUACAUUACAUUACAUUACAUGUCAUUUAGCUGACGCUUUUAUCCAAAGCGACGUACAAUAAGUGCAUUCAACCAUAUUCAAAAUAAGUUGUCCUCUUGUGCAUUAUAACAUUAUUUAUCUAAGAUAUAUUCCAAUAACCACUGUUGAUCUACUUCGAGACUGACUUUUUAUUGCCAUUAAUAAUUGUUUUCCUCUAUUUUUUGAAAAGUUUUUUAAAAAAUGGUCCAGGAUCACCCCGGUGACUGGGACCGAUAUAUUAAGUCCACUGUGUUUGGUCUAAGGACGAAGAAACAACUGACCACAAAGAACUCCCCAUAUUUCCUCAUGUAUGGGAGGGAAGCUCGGUAUCCCUCCGAAAUACCGGUCGAGUGGCAGCCAUCAGAGGACCGUAUUGGUGCUCUCACCAGGAAUGAGGAGGUUUCCAACCACAUCACAGACCAAAAGGAUGUGUAUACGAAGGUUGCUGCAAAUCUGGCAAAAGGCCACGAUCGUGUACGCAAAAGAAAGUUGGCAAAGGGGAAUGAUGACUGCUUUGUUGUGGGGGACGAGGAAAAACAUAAGGGAAGAGCAAAGAAAAGGGGGCAAAAUGGACAUGAUGGGUCCAUAUACCAUAACUAACAUUGAUGACAAAAGUGCUCACCUUAUAAGCAACAAAGAAAAGAAAAUCCUGAAAAUUAACAUCGACCAUCUCAAAAAAUAUGUGGAACCUGAAGAUCGUAUUCCAGGCAAAUAGAUGGCAGCGGCUUCUUCUCCUCCACCUCUGCAGUCCAACUCCCUAGCCGGUCUCCUUGACCUCCACUCUACACUCCCCAGAGGAACUCAUAGCUGACAUCUGGGCGGGUAAACGCCCAGGUGUGCUGUGGAGCAAAUUGGGGCCGUAUAAAAUAUUUGCCGGAGACUUGCAGAACUUGGCCCCCGGAAGGGAAAUAGAGAGUGAGGUACAGGCGGUAAAAGUGUUUAUCCUUUUAUUAUUUUGCCAACAGUAUUUAACACCUUUCAAUCAUUACUGAAGGUUUUGAAUGCAUACAUUCAUAACGUCUUGGAGCUGCAAGAAUUUAAGAUAAAAGUGCGUUAUCUAGACUCCUUCCAGAUGACUUCUAAUGUGGGAAGGCUGUUUCAGGGAAUUAAUAAAGCUGGACCCGUUGGCCUUCGAUAUCCUCAUCGGACCGGUUUGCGACAAACGGCACUGGACACUUGUGGUAAUUUAUCCAAAAGAACACCGGGCGGUUUACCUUGAUCCGUUAGGUGAAAGAGCCUUCAUGAGAAACAAAAAUAUCCAUGUGUCAAGAUGGAGUUGCUCAACCGUGAGCCACCCGAGACAGCAAGACUCGAUAUUCUGUGGGGCGCUUGUCUGCAAGGUAAGAGUACGGGAGACCCUUUGGUGGUUAUUGCAUGUUACUCAUUUAAAAAUACUGAGUAGUUUGCAGAACUUAUUUUAACUGGUGGCCAGUUUAAUUUCUCUACUGACGAGGCCACUACAACUCUCUUGUGAAGAGAGAUAGUUUGCAGUCUGGUCAGUGACUCAGGUUUGUCUUUUCCUGUUAAUGUUUUGUCACAUGCACUUAAUUGUUCAUUUAAUUAUGUUGGGGGAAAAUUGUUGAGCCUGCGUUGGGUGAGGCUCUCAGGAAUGUGACCUUUGAUGUGAGCCGGUGACUUAAGGCAGUCCAGGGUGAGAUAAGACACAGAUGGAACCAUACGUGCCCUGACUGACCUUUUAGAUGCUGUUGAUUGACCGGGUCCCUUAAGGGAGGGUCACGGGGUCACAGAAUCUUAUAAAUACAGCAUGUAUAAGUGUGUUAAAAAUGGAGGGAUCACAGCAGUGCCAUUAAUGAAUAUUUCAUUUAAGAGUAAAAUCAUGAUUUCAAAAUCUGAGUGAUACAAACAAGCCAAAAUUCUAAUUCAAAAAGGGUUGCUUUUGAAUGAAAAUACAUGUGUUCGUUAGUAAGCUAGGAUCACUAAUUAGUUUUCCGUUUGCUCCCGCGGUCCACCGCACAUACAUGGUGACCCAAUGUUACGUUUUUUCCAAUGGCAGCCAAUCUACCGGCACUGCCUUGGCGGUCAACCUAUUGGGCACCCCUGGUCUAACCCCUAAAUCACGUACUCAUACUUUAAACAAUUACAUCUUAAAGCUCGGAUGAACGUCACUCUGCCUCCAGGUGAAAGCUCACCGUGACCUCACAACCUGGUCUCUGCAGAUUUGGUCCAGACACACGCACAGAAAACUCAAAUUCACUGUGACCCAUCAAAAAAAAACAGUUUCAAUUUUACCCAAAAAUAUAGUAUCGGAAAAAAAAUGGACAUUGGAUGCACAUUGUUAUUUUAUUUUCUGUGAUUCUAUUUUCUCCCUACUGUUUUUAUCAAUUAAUUGUAUUAAAAAAGUUAAUUUUUAUAAAUAUGAUACUAUGUAUGUUUUUUAUGUAAAAAAAAAGGAAAAAAAUUCUAUUAUUUCCGUCCACACAAUCUGUCGAUAAUCAAUAUAUGUUUUUCUCCGUCCUGAGAGGAGGAGAGAACGAGCAGGGAAUCACCCCACAGGAGCACACCGGGGCUUGGACACCUGCUUGAUGACAUCAUAGUAUUGAAAGCUAAGCCCCGCCCACCUGCCUGAUGCACUCAUUCCAUUGGCCGCUUUUGCGCUUAGGUCAUAGGGGCGUGGCCAAAACAUCAAAGGAAUGUGAUGACCUCAUCGCUUCUGGAAUACUAGUUAUAGCCCACAGGAGAUAGCCCACAGGAGAUAGCCCACAGGAGAUAGCCCACAGGAGAUAGCCCACAGGAGAUAGCCCACAGGAGAUAGCCCACAGGAGAUAGCAAUACUUUUAACAAAUCGGCAGUGGACAAUGUCGAAAAAACAACCUUGCGAGGGAGAUUUACUGGAGUUGGAAUGGCUCCGUGGAGCACAGUCUGCCGAUAAAAGGUAUAAAAAGUUAUACAAUCAAAACCAAUGCAGGGAAAUACUGGAUCUGAAGAGGCUGGUAGAAGCGCUCAAAGACGAUUUGAAAGUUGUCGAAAAGGAGAAUAAAGAACACAAAACGAAGUUCACGGCCACCAAAGAUGAAUACAACAAAACGAUCAAUACAUUGGUGACACUCAAUAGCAAUCUUCAGAAAGAGUUUGAACUGGUGCGAUCGAAGUCUGUGGAAAUGUUCAGGCGCUACGAUGAAAAACUGAGCCUGAACGAGACUGAGCUGUCAAAGAUGAAAGCAGACCAUGAAAUAAAACUGGCGGAAAUAGAGCUGAUGCACGAACAAGUGGUUGAUAAGCUGGUUUCAAACCAUAAAAACGAAAUGGAACACCAAGAGACUAAGCUGCAGUGUUUAAUACAGAAGCACAAUGAGUCUAUUUUAGAAAAAAACGUUCUGCAAGGUAAGGAGGCUACCCUUAAAAGUGAAAUGGUAGAAUUGCAGGCUGACCGUGACAACCUGCGAAUCCAAAUUGCCCAAUCCCAAAACGAAAUGUAUUUCCUCAGGGUAGAAAACAGUGAAAGGAAAGUGCGCCGCCGCGAUGUGGCCACGUUAAAACGCGAAGCCGAAUUAACUGCCCGGACUCUCAACAAUAGCGAAUUGGAGAUAGAGAGUCUCAAGGAAGAGCUCAAGAAAGGGAAAGAACGUGAGGAAGAGCUUGAGAAAGGAAAAGAACGUGAGGAAGAGCUCAAGAAAGGGAAAGAACAUGUGGUAGAGGAACUAUGCCUCCAUGCUCUCCUCAAAAUUAAAUCGACCAUGGGGAAGGAAAAAAAUAACACUCCUAAAGAACUAAAGAUCCAGUUAGAUCCAAAAGAUAAGGACUCCGAAAAGUUAGAAAAAAGUGAGAAAAAGACCAUCAACAAUCGGGCCGAAUUUCAAUCUCAGAAUUUGAAACUUGAGAAGGAAUUGUGCAAGGAGAGGGAGAGGUGCAAGAAGCUGGUGGCCUAUCAGCAGCACUUCAAGAUGGAGCUGCUGAAAUGCACAGAUUUGAUCUCUGACACAGAGAGGUUUAAAAGAAGUGUGAUCGAUCUGAAAAUAAAAUUCACCGACGAUGACGACUACAUGGUGCUGAAAAGGAUAGAACAUGAGAGGAAAUUUAUCAAUGGUUUGCAAAAUAAGUACAAGAAAGUCAUCGAUGUAAAGUCCCGCGAGGUGCUGGUUGAGAGGGGACGGUUUUGUAAGAAAUGUCGGGAGGUCAGCGACAACACACAGGAGCUGAAUGAGAAGACGGUUUUGAUACGGAAACUUCAUGAACAGAUCAAAGAGACAAAGCAGACAGGGUGGUUCACGAGGAAGGGUGCGGCACGCAACAAAGUUUACCCGUUAGCUUCAAUGGAAACCACACCCAGUAAACCCAUGCUCUUAGAUGGAUAUGACACACCUAGUGCACCUUUCUGUCUGAAAAGGAUGGAACCUGAGAGGAAAAUGUUCCAUGUUUUGCAAAAUAAGGACAAGAAACUGCUGGCUGAGAGGAGACCGCUUUAUGCAAAAUGUGUGGAGGUCGGCGGCAACACCAAGACAAUAAAUGAACCAUUUUUGCAGAUACGGAAACUUGAACAGACCAAAGAGACCCAUGGACCAGAAAUCGAGUUGCCAAACACGCCAGUGGGGAAGGUAAAAUGGUGGUUCACGAGGAAGGGUGCGGCAGGCCGCAAAGUUUACCUACCAGCUUCAAUGGAAACCACACCCAGUAAACCCACGCUCUUAAGGCCGGCGCACGCUUCUGCGUCUGCGUCGGUGAGUCAACGCGCUCCAUUCAAUUCAUGGUUCUAAAAGUCUUGCGUGUGUUGCAGAGCAAUUCACCGCCAGAACAACAGGCGGAGUGACAGGUUUUUGUUGAAGACGACCUGCAAGCGGUAAGCGACGGUGACGGUAAGCGUGUUGCGUCACUUCCUGUUGCCAGCGUGUUUGAUGUCAUCAAACUUUUCACAGCUCUAGCUAUACUA